AUGCAUGGAUUGCUGUCAGUUAGCAUACGCCAACUGCAUAUUCAAAGAAUAAUCACUCUGAAAGCAAUUCGUUAUUUCUCCAGAACUACUGCGCCACUCCGAUGUAAGAUUGAAAUCGGUAAGGAGGCGAAAAGUUUGGUUGAGAAAGCAGCGAGAAAGAUGGAUCCCUUUUCCGCUGAACAAAAUGAACCGAUCACAAAUUUCAAACAUCAUAUGGGCUUUCAUGGCUUCGAAUUAUACCCAAUUCAAGGUCAGGUCAUUGCAUGGGCUAUUGUACUUGUACUUAUAGCCUACUAUGCCUCUGCAAAAAUUGAAAUCGUCAUUGAUCGAAGCUACAAGAACGCUCCAUUCACUUGGGCUACAAUGAAGGAUCGUGAUCAUGAUUACGUUGCUUUCGGUUUCGAACCAAAACCAGCGAUACCACGUUUGGAUCUGAUGGAAACACUGCAAGAGGAAAUGAUUGAGGAAGCAAGAAGACGUGGUACUCGUAAGUAA